UAGAACCGGACGGACGUGAUAGCAACACUACACGAUUAUUGUACUAUUAUUAUUAUGAUCUAGGUAUAUUAAAUUUAAAUAUAAUACCUAUCACGAGUUCACGACAUUAUACAGUAUAGUACAGUAGUACACUACUUAGCUGGGCACAACAAACGAUUAUUGCGAGGACAGACCUGUUGACGGCCAUUGAUACUAGUACCCUUGUAAUAAUUAUUAUUACUUCACUGGUUGUACGUCUUUACUCUUUACGGCUAUUCGGUGGUUACAUCUAACUUUAAACGAGUUUUUUUUUUCAUGAGUGACAUCGAACGCUUUAGAGAUGUCAGUUUCGACUUUCAGCAAAACCGACGAGUACGGUUUCGUGCGUCCUGACGAUUUCGAUUAUGUGGAGUAUGAAAAGUUCAUGUCCGCUUACUUGAAUAUACUUACUAGACGUUCAAUGAAGUGGGUUAGCCUUUUGAUUUACAAUUCACAGCUGAAGAGAAACGCUAAACUAAAAAAGUUUGUACGCUCAGGAGUACCAUUGAUUCUUAGGGGACCGACGUGGAUAUCUGUCAGUGCAGUGCAGGAGUUAAAGGACAAGUAUGGGCCAAAUUUGUAUAAAGAAAUGCUAAACAAAUCUAUUAAUGAAGAUAUCAAGAAUAUAAUCACAGUUGAUGUUCCACGAACAUAUCCAGACAACAUUUUUUUUCAGCCAAAUUCUGAAAAUCAAAAAACAUUAUUUAGGAUACUAUGUGCAUUUGCAGCAUGUAAUCCAGAUGUAGGAUACUGUCAGGGUUUAAAUUACAUAGCUGGUUUAUUGCUAUUAAUUACUAAAAACGAAGAAUCUUGUUUUUGGUUACUGAGAGUAUUGGUGGAGAAUAUACUACCAGACUAUUAUUCUAAGACAAUGGAUGGUGUCAUUGUUGAUAUUGAAGUUUUUUCACGCCUAGUAAAAAAAAAAUUUCCUGAAGUGUCUAAGCAUAUGACUGAUUUAGAAAUGCCGUGGGCACUAGUUGCUACUAAAUGGUUUAUUUGCCUUUUUUCCGAGGUUUUACCAAUUGAGACUACUUUGAGAGUUUGGGAUUGCUUAUUUUAUGAAGGAUCUAAGAUUUUAUUCAGAGUUGGUUUAAUGUUGGUAAAACAUUAUAAAAAAGAAUUGUUGGCAUGUGAAGACAUUGCAUCAUUGGCAGAAUGUUUCAAGUCAAUUGUUCAACGGCCAUUUCCUCUAAACUGCCAUAUAUUCAUUAAACAAAUGUUUACAGAAAUUGGAUCAUUACCUAUGUCUUUGAUUAUUGAUCUGCGCAAACAAGUAUCUGCGGAACGUGAUGCUGAUAAAUCUACCUUUAAAAAUAGGAAAGGCUGAAAUUGUAUAGCUAUUAAUUAUUAUAAGAGCUUUUGAAAUGUUUGUACAAGUUCUAGUCAUAUUAUAUUUCUAUGUUGUAACAUGUGGCCUAUAUUUAGCAUUUUGAAAUCAAAGUUUUCAAUAACUUAUAAACUCAAAUGUAUAAUUUUAUAAGUAUUAUAAUAAACUGUAAGCAGCACUACAUAAAUUGGUACCUAUCUAUGUUUGUUAUAAAUAUGUUCUGUUACUUAAAAUCAUUUCUUGUUGGUUUUUAAUGUUCUUAUUGUAUGCAUUAUGAUCAGUCUGUGGCUGUGGUGUUUUA